UCGGAUCUCCGGAGAGUCGCGACGCGCUCCGGACGCGCGCGGAUAUAACGCACGGAAUGACUGUGAAUACUCGAUAAAUGGGGUCCUUGGAAUGGAAAACACAUCAGCAGUCGCUGAUUUUACUCUGGGUUUUGUCGUUUUCAGGUGUCCUCGGCUUCAGUGAGCUGUCCUUCUCCGUCGAGCCCACGGACGUGACGGCGUCUCUCGGUGAGAGAGUUGUUCUGGACUGUCAGGCUCAAGGCGAGUCUCCGGUCAGUCUGCGAUGGAGGAGGGACGGUGUCCAGCUCCAGGAGAGCGGCGGGGUGCGUGUGCUGUCCAACGGCUCGCUCUUCAUCUCCAGCUCCGCGCCGGCAGACCAGGGCUUCUACCAGUGUCUCGCACACAACAGACACGGAGCCGUCCUGAGCCGAACAUCCCAGCUCACUGUCUCAGAUGUCCUGUCGUUGGUCACUCACCAUCAAUGGACUUUUUUCUCUCUCUUUCCAUUGAUUUUUUUUACAGAUGUCUCGCUGUCGUCUGGUCCGCACUCACGGAACUCCGCCCCUGCUGAAAGUCCACGCUGGGCUCCGUGUUCCUCCAACUCUAGUGGAGAAACCAGAGAGUCAGACCCGACCCAGAGCCGGUACGGCCCGUCUUCAUCAGCUGUCAGGCCGAAGGACAAACCUGUUCCCACCCCUGAAUCGACUUGGUUCAAGAACGGUCAGGUGAUCCCACUCCAACGGACGCCCACCAGAUGUCGGCCCGAGGCCCGUGAGAGCGAACCUCCCCCGUCACCCCUACAGCUGGACACACCAACAGAGGAUUCUGGGAUUGGCCUGAACUGGGCAGAAGUGACCCAAGAGCAAACUCAUUAUUUAUUUUGUUUUGCAGACCCCAGAGUGAGGUACCAUGUGAAACUGCUAGCGUUCAGUGCUAAUGGAGAAGGCUAUCAGGCCCAUCAAACGGUCAACACUCCAGGAUGUCCUUCCACACCGAACCGGCGUUUGGCCGCCCUGCCGCCUCCCGACCACAUCCACGCUACAGCUAACAGCUCCUCGAUGGUCCGUCUGGGUUGGGGCCGUCCAGCAUUCAGUUCUGGAAAAGCCGUCAGUUAUUCUGUCCGCUACGGGCCAGUGAGUCCCUCCGACGCCUCGACCGUACGCUACGUCCAAACCUCUGAGCAAACGGUAACAGUCACAGGUCUGCGGCCAAACACGCGUUAUGAGUUUGCAGUGCGUCUUCAUAUGGACCAGAUGUCCAGUCCCUGGAGCACCAGCGUCUAUCAGAGGACUCUUCUGGAAGCCCCGUGGUCUCCGCCGCUGUCUGUGCGAGUGAGUCUGAUCGAGGACGAUACAGCGCUGGUGUCGUGGAAGCAGCCGGAUCAGCCGGAUCUAUCCGUCACACACUACACCGUCCUGUACGCCUCGCGGAGCUCGGGGCUCGCUGGAGACUGGCAGGUGCUUCAGAGAGAAGGCACGAUCACGAUGGCUCUUCUGGAGAAGCUGGUGUCUGGUAACAUCUACCUGGUGAAGAUCUCGGCCUCAAACCCGGCGGGUGAUGGUCCGUUCUCCAGCACCGUAGAGCUGCGGCUCAGGAGUAAAAGAAACACAGGUACACGCCACUCAUCUGCUCACGCAUGCAUUUCUGCAGCGUCUAUCGACGGCCUGAAGCACAUCGAUGAGACGUCCAUGAGCGGCAUCAUCGCUGGCGUGUGUAUCGCUCUGUCCUUCAUCAUCCUCUGCGUCUUCAUCCUCCUCACCAAGAGCAAAGCACAGAAAUCAGCUUCCUCAAAGAUGAUUGGACGGGUGAGGAAUGAUGUCAUGAGUAGUGGAGCGUCGUCAGCCAAUCAGCAGCAGGUGGAGAACACGCACUUUAUUGAUGCCAAAGGAGGAACAAAUCUGAUGAUAAACCAGACUGGACCCGUUAUGAGUGACGCUCAGAACAAACGGAAGAAAUGGAGCGUGUUUAAUAAUAAUCAGAAGUCGAAUGGAAAUAAAGGCGAGGUUUUGCGGACCGUCAGCUCUGAUGUCGGACAGACGGAGGAUCCUGCUGGUCUUUCUGCAGAGGGGAAGAACAGGCCUGUCAAUCAUGCGAGUGGGCGUGGCCUGUCUCUCCAGCUCCUGUAAACACAGUUUGCAGGCGUUCCUCAGGGUCAGAUCAGUGCUCUGGAUGUUUGUGCCAAAAAUCUCAAUGGUUUGAGAGUUUGAAUAGCUUUAUGAAGUCACAGACGCUCUGUCGGCUUUGGUGAACUUGCACAGCCCUAAUAACUGUUCCUUCCGAGAGAUCCACGACGUCCCAGAGAUGGAGCGCUUUGAACCCGUUUCAGAUGAACGUGUUUCUGUCAGCACCGAUGAAUGUUUUGAAGGAUGCCUGAGUGUUUUCUGUCACUCGUCAGAGGUCUGUUCUGCUCUCUCUCUACCUCAUAUUUCUGAUGACGCUCGUCCUCGUCUCAAUCUUAUUACUUUGAUAUGAACAAAUACUAUCCAAAGAGUCCAAACGUCUAAAGAAGGUUUCAUUCGUUAACUACAUUACUUAACAUGAACUAGCAAUGAACCAUACUUCUACAGCACUAAUUAAUCUUAAUUAAUGUAUAUUUCUAAUUUACUUUUGGUUUUAAAAUCAAAAGUUGUAUCUUAUAACAUUAAUUAAUGAAUGAACUGCAUUUCUAUUAACCU